AUGCGUUCGUUAACAGAGGAGGAAACGAAGGUCGUUUUCGAAAAGUUGGCCAACUAUAUCGGCAGAAAUAUAAGUUUCUUGAUCGACAACCCUACAAACCCUCAUGUCUUCAGACUACAGAAGGACAGAGUCUACUACGUUUCAGAGAGUGUGGCCAAGUUCGCCACCUCUGUUUCUAGAGACAGAUUGAUGGCCCUUGGAACUUGUUUUGGAAAGUUCACGAAAACCGGAAAGUUCAGACUCCACAUCACCUCCUUGCCAUACUUGGCUCAGUACGCCAAGUACAAGGUCUGGAUCAAGCCCAACGGAGAGAUGCCUUUCUUGUACGGCAACCACGUUUUGAAAGCACACAUUGGUCGUAUUUCGGAAGAUAUCCCUGAGCAUGCUGGUGUCAUUGUCUUUUCCAUGCAAGACGUUCCUCUUGGAUUCGGUGUUUCGGCCAAGUCCACUGCUGAGACCAAGAACAUGCAGCCCACAGCCAUCGUCGCCUUUAGACAAGGAGACAUUGGUGAAUACUUGAGAGAAGAGGACACUUUAUUUACUUAA